AACCGUGAAUAAAAAUUACAUAAAUUUUAGCGUUGGCCGCAUACAAAAUAACAUAUGUCAUUACAGUUUUUAAAAGCGCACACACGCUUACGCAGCGCUAGUGGAAUUUUAUCAAAUUUGCAACGAAACAGCGCGCUCGUAAAAACGUGGACCUGUCGUGAAAGCAAGCGUGAACGAGAGACCUUUGCCAACAAAGCACAACUGAAAGCAUUUUUCUGCACAACCUCCCACACCUGCUCAGCACAAUCGUGGGGCAGCAAGAAACCAAAGCGGAGUGUCCAGUUGCGAGUAGCAACUGAUUUCAUCAUGUCGAAUCCUGAGAUAGAAACGCAGCUGGCACCGCUGCGAGAGCGAGUGCAGGAGCAAGGCAACCUGGUCCGCGAACUGAAGGCAAAGGGAGCACCCGAACUGGACGUCAAGAAGGCCGUAGCCGAGCUGAAAAUUCGUAAGAAAGUUCUAGAGGAGAAGGAAUUGGCGCUGACGCCAAGUGUUGUGAGCUUUGAUCGCGCGAAAAUGGAAGAUCUCCUGAAGCGACGCUUCUUUUACGAUCAAUCCUUUGCCAUAUACGGCGGUAUAACUGGCCAAUACGACUUUGGACCAAUGGGAUGCGCACUCAAAUCCAACAUAUUAGCUCUGUGGCGACAAUUCUUUAGCUUAGAGGAGCAAAUGUUGGAAGUGGACUGCUCGAUAUUGACGCCAGAGCCAGUCCUCAAGGCCUCUGGACAUGUGGAACGGUUUGCCGAUCUGAUGGUGAAGGAUGUCAAGACAGGCGAAUGCUUCCGCCUGGACCAUCUCAUCAAGCAAGCACUCGAAAAGUUGUCCGCAGCCAAGGACGCAACCGCAGAGCUGCGGGCUGAGUGCGAGGACAUUAUUAUUAAACUGGAUGGCCUAAGCAAACAGGAGCUCGCGGACGUGUUAGCUAAGUACAACAUAAAGUCACCAUUGACGGGCAACGAUUUAACGCCUCCAAUCGAAUUUAAUCUAAUGUUUGCCACUCAAAUUGGACCCACUGGUCUGGUGAAAGGAUUCCUCCGCCCGGAGACUGCCCAGGGCAUAUUUGUGAACUUCAAACGACUUCUCGAGUUCAACCAGGGCAAGCUUCCCUUUGCUGUGGCCCAGAUCGGCAACUCAUUUCGCAACGAGAUUUCGCCGCGGUCUGGCCUGAUACGAGUGCGCGAGUUCACGAUGGCGGAGAUUGAGCACUUCUGCGAUCCCGUGCACAAGGAUCAUCCGAAGUUCAAGCGGGUAGCCAACGAGAAGCUAACACUGUAUUCAGCAUGCAACCAGAUGGACGGAAAAUCAGCCCAGGCAUUAACCAUUGGCGAAGCAGUGUCCAGUAAACUGGUGGCCAACGAAACAUUGGGCUAUUACAUGGCGCGGAUCCAGCAGUUCCUUCAUGCAAUUGGCAUCAAGCCUGAGUGCCUGCGCUUCCGUCAGCAUAUGGGCAAUGAAAUGGCGCACUAUGCUUGCGAUUGCUGGGACGCAGAGAUUCUCACCUCAUAUGGCUGGGUGGAGUGCGUCGGCUGUGCCGAUCGAUCAGCCUAUGAUCUCGGCCAGCACACGGCCGCCACCGGCGUACGCCUGGUGGCCGAGAAGCGUUUGGCAGUUCCAAAGACCGUGGAAGUCACUGAGAUUGUGCCCAAUAAGCAGGCGCUAGGAAAAACCUUCAAAAAGGAAGCCAAGGCCAUAACAGAUGCAUUGACUAAGCUGUCGCUGGAUGAUAUUAAGACAGUUGAGACGCAGCUAGCAGCAGGUGGACAGUAUAAGCUGCGCCUCCCUGACGGCGGUACUCAUGAGCUCGGAACGGAAAGCAUCGCUGUGAAGCAUGCUACCAAAACUGUGCACGUCGAGGAGUUUAUACCGAGUGUGGUGGAGCCAUCUUUUGGCAUUGGGCGCGUCAUGUAUGCUCUGCUGGAACAUAGUUUCCAAUGCCGGGAAGGUGACGAGCAGCGCUGUUACUUCACAUUGCCGCCUCUUGUUGCCCCGUACAAAUGCUCAAUAUUGCCUCUUUCGAACAACGCUGAGUUCCAGCCGUACACUCAACAGCUGUCCUCGGCGUUGACCAAGGCGGAGCUGUCCCACAAGGUGGACGACUCGAGUGGAUCCAUAGGGCGUCGCUAUGCGCGCACCGACGAAAUUGCUAUCCCCUACGGCAUCACUGUGGACUUUGACACCUUAAAGGAGCCUCACACAGUGACGCUACGUGAUCGAAACACCAUGAAGCAGGUUCGCAUUGGACUCGAUGUAGUUGUUAGUGUGGUCAAGGAUCUGGCAACGACAAAACUCACUUGGGCACAAGUCUUGGAGCAAUAUCCAGCUUUUGAGCAGCAGGAAGCUACGAAAUGAA